AUGUCAUCGUCUACUUCUAUCUGUCGUAACAUAGUUAGCGUUGGUAUUAUUACUUUAACUACAGCAUGUACUGUAUUAAAGAAAUAUGGAGAAAAUAAAAAUCUUCAAUUAACAAUAAUUAGUGAAAAAUUUUCACCUGAAACAACUGCUGAUGUAUCAACUGGUUUUUUAGCUAAAGCUGCUCAUGUUAGUCUUUUAAAAAUGCCAUUUUAUGCACUGCGAGUUUAUAAUAGUCAAAAUAAAAAUGAUGAUAAAAUUUUUGAAAAGCCAAGUUAUUCAAUAUUAGCCCGACAUUUUCGAACAUUAGAUAAACAUGAAAUUAGUAUGUUUGAUCAUUUAAAACCAGUAGUAGGUUUUUCAAUGUCAUCAAUAACUAUUGAAAUUAGUCGUUAUUUAUCACAAUUACAAUGUUAUCUUCUACAAGAUUCUCGAGUAAAAUUUAUUAAAAGAAAAAUUUAUUCACUUAUUGAAUUAAAAGAUAAAGCUGAUAUUGUUAUUAAUUGUACUGAGAUCAUUCAAGUUCAUGCAGCAUGGAAAAAAUCAGUUUAUGAAUUUGAUACCGAAGAUGGUUUUGGAUAUAUAAUUCCAUACUCCAAUUCUGUUGUCUUAGGUGAAACAUUUCAAUUAAAUAAUUGGAACACAAUAAUAGAUGAAAACGAUACUAAAAAUGUUCUUUGUAUAUGUUCUAAAUGUUUACCUGCUCUUGAACAUAUUCGUCAUGGUAAAGUACAAGUUGGUUUAAGACUUUAUCGAGAUGAUGGUAUAACAAUUUCAUGGGGUUGUGCAAAAGAUAUAGUUGAUAUAGUUAAAACACUGUUACCACCUGCACCAAAAGAACAAAAUAGUGAAAACGAUAAUUUACCAGAACAUGAACAAUUAUGGCGUCUUACACUUAAUUUUGAAUAUGUUGUAAUACGAGCUAAAAUUUAA